UUUGGUUGUGUAUGGUAUGGUAUGAUAUGAAUGAAUGCGAUAAUCAGUGGGGAGCGAGGGAAGAGAGAAGGGAAGAGGUUUUCUGUGAAAGAAAGGUGAAUUUGGAUACGAAGCCUCUAGAAUUGAGAAGCAGAAAUCAUAGCAAUGGGGCUGUGGGAAGCUUUUCUCAAUUGGCUACGCAGCCUAUUCUUCAAGCAGGAAAUGGAGCUAUCUCUGAUAGGACUCCAGAAUGCUGGAAAGACUUCCCUUGUAAAUGUUGUUGCUACUGGCGGAUAUAGUGAGGACAUGAUUCCCACUGUGGGAUUCAAUAUGAGGAAGGUAACAAAAGGCAAUGUUACAAUAAAGCUAUGGGAUCUUGGAGGGCAACCUAGGUUCCGCAGCAUGUGGGAACGUUACUGUCGUGCAGUUUCUGCUAUUGUUUAUGUUGUUGAUGCUGCUGAUCCAGAUAACCUUAGCAUAUCAAGAAGCGAACUUCAUGAUUUGCUGAGUAAGCCAUCAUUGAAUGGCAUCCCUCUGUUGGUGUUGGGGAAUAAGAUCGACAAAGCAGGGGCUCUGUCUAAGCAAGCUUUGACUGAUCAGAUGGAUCUGAAGUCAAUCACUGACAGAGAAGUUUGCUGCUUCAUGAUCUCUUGCAAAAACUCGACGAACAUUGAUUCUGUUAUUGAUUGGCUUGUGAAGCAUUCCAAGUCAAAGAGCUGAGAACCUUCUGAAUUCUAAUGUAAUUUCUCGGUGACGCUCUCCGGUUCACUGGAUGCAUCUCAUGUCUAACUUGGUUGCUGAUUAAUUUAUUCUCCCCUUUUUGGUCUCAGUUGCUUUGUAAUGUAAUAUUCUUGUCCUAUAGGGAAUUCAACCUGGUUGAUAUACAUUUCAAGGGUUACUUUAUGAGUAAAUCAUGUCAUUGUUGAUGUAGCUGUAUCACUAAGUUCACAGAACUGCUUUUGCGAGUGAAAUCAAUGCAUUUGAAUUUGUAAAUUA